AUGGAAAAACAGUCCUUCAAGAUUGUUCUUCUCGAUUUUCCUGCUCUCUCCGCUCUCGAAGACAUCCUCGCUUCGCUGGAGGCUGGAGAGAGUUUCUACUCCAUCGAUCCCUACAUCAAGGACGCUAUCAAUUAUUUUAACAAACAAAACCAGAUUCAGGAGCGUUUCUCCCGCAUUCAGUCCAUCGCGCCCAGCGAAGAGUCUAUUCACGCAGUGAAAACGUUCUCCACGGAAGCGGGCUACAGCGAACAAUUGACGGAGCUAGAUAUUCUGUUUAUGGCAGCGGCGUAUGAGAUGGAAAAGACCAGAUUCGGAAUUGAGCACAUAAACCACAUUCCUUUACUAACAGUACAUUUCAGUGGUGGAUGCGAGAAAUAG